AAUUUAUUGUACUAUCUGAAAUUACAUCACAAUAAAAUAAAUAAGUUUAAAAUAAUGCAUAAAAUAUCAUAAUUUAACAGAUUGCAAAAUUGGUCAUAGUACAUAGUACAUAAGUCGACAGUGACGUAAGAUAGUUAAAAAACAAAUAUAGCCUAUAAAAAAAGAAUAACCGCUAUUUUUUUGUAAUAUUUUUUCCAUGAUUAUAAAACAUGUAUUUAACUUACAUUAAAAUGCGUAUAUAUUCUUUUUAGUAAUGUCGAGGUUAGGUUUUGUGUGGUAGUAUCAGUGUAUAUACACUGACAUGGUCCAAGGAAAAUUAAAAGUGAAAGCUAAAGUGCCAUCGACGGUAAAAGGAAAAAGUAAGAACAAAAAGAGUUCUGGUAUUCAAAGACGAAAUAAUGCACCUAUUCAACCUAAAAAGAGGAAAUUUGAAGAAACACAUAAGUUAAAACAAAUAAUUACAAAAACAGUUAACAAAGCAAUGGAAGAUGAAUUGAGAGAAAAAGCUUUGGAAGGAAAAAGAUUACUUACUAGAAAGGAAGCAGUUACGUUGAAAAAGAAAUAAUUUAUGGUAUUAUUUUAAGAUUGAUACUAAAAAAGACUUCUUUAUUUUACUGAAACAAUAAAUGUAAUAUAAAUAAAGAUUUGUAUUGUAAAAUGAACAAUACAAUGAUACAAAACGAUACAAAGAAUAAAAAUAAAUAAGCAAACCAUUUCAAUAUA